AUGGUAGUCAACAAGAAGAAGAAGAAGACCGCCACUGCAGCCGUCGCCAACCAAACAAAAACCCUAAGGCGGUGCGAUCUAUCGUCGGAGCAAGACAUAGAAGACUUGUUCAGCCAAGACGAGACCCAGAAAAUCAGGGCGUCUCUGCUGAAAUGGUACGGCCUCAACCGCAGGGACCUGCCUUGGAGAGAACAAGAGGAUGAUGUGGAGGUGCGUGUGUACAGGGUUUGGGUCUCGGAAGUGAUGCUGCAGCAGACUAGGGUUCAGGCUGUGAUUCACUACUUUAAUCGUUGGAUGAGCAAGUGGCCCACCAUUCACAGCCUAGCCCAGGCUUCUCUUGAGGAGGUGAAUGAAAUGUGGGCUGGGUUGGGAUACUACCGACGAGCACGAUUUCUUUUAGAGGGAGCCAGGAAGAUUGUUGCAGAAGGAGAUCAAUUUCCUAAAACAGUUUCUCAGCUACGAAAAAUACCAGGAAUCGGAGACUAUACGGCUGGAGCAAUUGCCUCAAUUGCAUUAAAAGAGGCAGUUCCAGUGGUGGAUGGAAAUGUUAUAAGGGUGACUGCUAGACUAAAGGCUAUUUCUGCCAAUCCAAAAGAUUCUUCGACUGUCAAGAAAUUUUGGAAACUAGCAGCCCAAUUAGUUGACCCUUUCCAGCCUGGGGACUUCAAUCAGGCUCUAAUGGAGCUUGGUGCAACUGUAUGUACACCAUCAAGUCCAAGCUGCGGCACAUGUCCUGUAUCUGACCAAUGUUGUGCACUAUCAAUAUCUAGGCAUGAUAGUUCAGUGGUGGUUACAGAUUAUCCAAUUAAGGUGGUAAAGGCUAAACAAAGACAUGAGUUUUCUGCUGUAUGUGUUGUGGAAAUAGUGGGAGACGAGGAAUCAUUAAAAAGACACCAGAUCAACAAUGGGUUUCUUCUGGUAAAAAGGCCUGAUGAAGGGUUGCUUGCUGGCCUCUGGGAGUUCCCAUCUGUCUCAUUGGCAGGAGAAGUGGACUUGCUUGCUAGGAGAAAGGCAAUUGACCAAUAUUUGAAGAAGUAUUUCACACUUCAACCCAGAAAGACCUGUGACAUAAUUUGCAGGGAACAUGUGGGAGAAUAUGUCCAUGUUUUCUCUCAUAUCCGACUCAAGAUGUAUGUGGAAUUGUUGAUUUUACGUGUUGAAGGUGGGAUAAAUGACCUGGUUAGCAAGCGGGACAAAGACAUUGUGCCUUGGAAAUGUGUGGAUGCCAAGGUACUUUCAAACAUGGGAUUGACGUCUGGUGUAAAAAAGGUAUACACUAUGGUUCAAAAAUUUAGGCGAGGAAAUUUGUCUUCUGACCUUAACUUGGACAGCAAGAAAAGAAAGAGGCGAGCAAUGAAGUAG